GCGUGCGCUUCCGGCCGGGUCGUCGACGUCGGCCGGCUGCGCAGGGUACCGCUUCGGGCUCUUUGGCCGCCGCUGUACGCAUCGUGCACGCCCCGAGGCGCUGAGUGUUGUCUCUUUUCGCCGUAGGCCGUAACGACAUGAGCAGCAAAGAAGGAUCAGGAGGGUUCAGGAAAAGGAAGCAUGACAAUUUCCCACAUAACCAGAGAAGAGAAGGGAAGGAUGUUAAUUCCUCUUCACCUGUGAUGUUGGCCUUCAAAUCAUUUCAACAGGAACUUGAUGCAAGACAUGACAAAUACGAAAGACUUGUGAAACUUAGUCGGGAUAUAACUGUUGAAAGUAAAAGGACAAUUUUUCUCCUCCACAGGAUUACAAGUGCUCCUGAUAUGGAAGAAAUACUGACUGAAUCAGAAAUUAAAUUGGAUGGUGUCAGACAAAAGAUAUUGCAGGUAGCCCAAGAGCUCUCAGGAGAAGACAUGCAUCAGUUCCACAGAGCCAUUACUACAGGACUGCAGGAGUAUGUGGAGGCUGUCUCUUUUCAACACUUCAUCAAAACACGAUCACUUAUCAGUAUGGAUGAAAUUAAUAAACAAUUGAUUUUUUCAACAGAAGACAAUGGGAAAGAAAAUAAGACUCCCUCUUCUGAUGCACAGGAUAAGCAGUGCGGUACUUGGAGACUGAAAAUCACACCUGUUGAUUACCUUCUGGGAGUGGCUGAUUUAACUGGAGAGUUGAUGCGAAUGUGUAUUAACAGUGUCGGGAAUGGGGACAUUGACACCCCCUUUGAAGUGAGCCAGUUUUUACGUCAGGUUUAUGAUGGGUUUUCAUUCAUUGGCAAUACUGGACCUUAUGAGGUUUCUAAGAAGCUGUAUACCUUGAAACAAAGUCUGGCCAAAGUGGAGAAUGCUUGUUAUGCCUUGAAAGUCAGAGGUUCAGAAAUUCCAAAACAUAUGCUGGCAGAUGUCUUUUCAGUUAAAACAGAAAUGAUUGAUCAAGAAGAGGGCAUUUCUUAGGGUAACGUUACUCAGUUUUCUUUCUCUUAAGAACUCCUAAGAGAGACCAAUUUGUAAGACUGUUAUUUAGUAUGUCAUUUGACUUUAUUGUGGCUUUAGAAAUGUUUUCAGUUGUACUUGUUUUAAACUGUAUACAGGGCUGUACAUAAAAUUACCGAAACAAAUCAUUUCCUAUAUCUUACUCGUGAAAAUUUGCAUACAAAUGUUUGCUUAUAUGCCUGUUUGACUUUUUACUGGCUAAACCUCAUCAUUUAUCUUUGUAAAUGUGAACAUGCUUCAGAGUGCCCUUUUUGCCGUACCUGUUUUAAUUUAGUGUGUGAAUUUUGGAGUGAUAAUAUUUAGUGGAAGACAUUUAUAGUUUAAGUUGGUGAUUUUUAAAAAAUAUAUAUUUAGUUAUACAUCUGGACUUGAGCUUCCUGUUUAAAUUUCUUGAUAAUAUUGUGCCAAGCCUCCAAAAUAGGCUUAAUCCAUAGACCAAGAAUUUAAAAUCACAUUACCAGUAUACUUUUUGAGGUAUUGUAGUGGGAAUUCAUGUUAUAUUCUGGCUAAUUUUAGGUCAUUUUGAACCCAUAUGAAACAGCCUUCCAGAAAAAUUGACAGGUACCCAGAUGUUAGUUUCUACAUUUAAUUUUUGUCCUUUAUCACAGAAAGUCUGAUAGAGAAUUGACACUAACAUUGUAAUAUUUUCACUGAUGUUUGAGUUGAAUUAUAUACUUGCACAUACAGCUGAAAAGGUAGUGAUUAUUUAGCAGUUUUUGUUGUUGUUGUCACUGUAUAUUUCAUUAGGCAUGUUUGGAGGCUUUUCUAACAUCUAUCAGAAAUUACAUCUAAAUGAUUAUAAUGAAGUUUUGAAAAUUCUGAAAUAUUAAGUUAAUCCAAAUCUUUAUAGUUGUCCAGUUGUGUUAAUGCAUAGUAUGAAAAGUUGCCAAAGAAGAUUUAUCACGUACAAUUCAGCAAUAAGACAGUUGUCAACACAGUUGGGAAUAGCAAGUAAUAUCACUAGUAGUAGAAGUAGUCUCACUAUUAAUAUUUAGAAUUGGAAUUUGCCUACUGAAAUCAGUUAUUUUAGGAAUAUUAGGAAUUAGUUAUAUUAGGAAUUUGCCUACUGAAAAUAGUUAUACCAUUCACUGUGUUGUGAAACUGACUUGAGCAUGGCACUGUUGGCUGACAACUAGACAUUUCCAUUUGGUUUUGUGAGUUUUGAGAAUCUAGAUACUGGAUUUUAUUUUUGGAAAGAUUAGCAGCUCUGUUUGCAAGGGCUUAGUCUUGGAAAGGGUAAUUUUCCAAAAAUGAUCACCUAAAGGAAAAUAACAUAUAUACAUGCCUAAUAGAUUAGGUUUGUUUGUUUGUUUAUUUUGGUGGUAGUAAGUUUUUUCGGUUUCCCUACUCGAAGAUAUACAGCUGAAAUAUAGUUUUAUUACAUAUUUUUGUUUCCUCUGCCACUUGAAGUUAAAUUUAUAAUGUUAAAAGUAGAGUAAUAAUGGAUUGAUGAAUGUCUUACAGAUGUUUAAAACUGAACUCUUUGAAUAAAAUAUUAAAAUACAAAAGUUAAGCUUAUUUGUUGAUCAAUUGAGAAAUACUUAAUCAAACUGUUACAGACUUUUUAGCCUAAACAGGAAACUUGAUAGAGACUCGCUUAAUGUGGAGAUUUAUGAUUUCUUAAAAUGGGUCCAGAAGUAGGGAGAGUUUCAGGAAAGACAUCUUUUCACAUCUCAUUGACCUAGACUGGGUAACUUUCCAGUCCCUCAAAACCAGCUAGUGGAAAGGAGAUGAGACCACCUUGAUAGAUCAAGGUGCCCUUUAUCUGAGAGGAGAGCGAACACAAGAAACCGAAUUAAGGUGUUGCCAUCUUAGGGGAAGGAGAAAUGGCCUUUAGGUCCGUAGUCGGCAGUAUCUGCUACAGGUGGAUUGGUGCCGGGCCUAUUGAUAAAUUUCUGCAUUGCAUGUUAUACUAAUACAGUGGUGUUAGACCAGGAUGGUAGAGGAUCUCUAAAUAUAUCCUGAAUGUCUCAGUUUUAAAAUGGUUGCUCUGAUAUCAUCACCUGUGGUGAUGUUUUUCAUCUUUAUUAUAAAAAGAAACUGGUUCUAGGUAACAUGGCAAGUUCCUGAGAAAUUCUAAAAUAAAAUUGGGUUAUUUCCUUCAUAAGUAAUUGCUGCAUAUAUGAAAUCAGUGUUUUUUCCACCAUACACAUUGCAGAGCCCUAGGGCUUUUUGAAGGUGCUCAAAGAAAGGUGUUAUUUAAAUGAGGGAUUGGUGGAAUGGAUUUAAAAACUUAAUCCAAACUCUUUGCUGUCUGCAAAAGACUCACUUUAGAUUCAGAGACACAAAUAGAUUAAAAGAAUGGGAAAAGACAUUCCAUGCAAACAGUAACCAAGAGAGCUAGACAAAUAGACAUCAAGACCUUCUUUUUCUUUUGGCUAGAGACAAAGAACAACAUGUAAUGGUAAAAGGCUCAAUCCACUGAGAAUGCAUAGCAAUUACAAAUAUAUGUAUAUUGAUACAUAAAACAACAGAGCCCCAAAAUACAUGAAGCAAAAUCUGAGAUAACUGAAGGGAGAAAUAGACAAUUCAGUAGUAAUAGUUGGAUAAUUUAAUACCCGACUUCCUAUAAUGGAUGGAAGAACAAGACAGAUCAGUAAGGAAAUAGAGGACCUGAACAACACUAUCAACCAAUUAGACCUAACACCCGUAUACAGAACACUCAUCCCAACAAGAGAAGAUAUAUUUUUCUCAAGUGGGUGUGGAACAUUAUCCACAGAAUGUCAGACCACAGAACAAGUCUCAAUGCAAUUAAAAAGAUUGAAAUUAUACAAAGUAUGUUCUCUGACCACAAUGGAAUGAAGUUAGAAAUUAAUACCAGAAGUAAAUUGGGAAGAUAAAUGAAACAACAUACCCCUAAAUAAACAGUGGGUCAAAGAUGAAAUCACAGGGAAAUUAGAAAAUAUUUUGAGAAGAAUAAAAAAGACACAGUAUACAACUUACAGUGUUCAGCAAAAGCAGUGCUCAGAGGGAGCUUUAUAGCUUUAAAUGCCGGCGUUUAAAAAGAAUGAUAUCAAAUCAAUAACCUAAACUUCUGUCUUGAGAAACUAGAAAAAGAAUAGCAAACCAAACCACAAAGCAAGCAGAAGAAAGGAAAUAAAGAUUAGAGCAGACAUAAAUGAAACAGAGAAUAGAAAAACAAUAGAGAAUAUCAGUGGAGAAUAUCAGUUGGUUCUUUGAAAAGAUGAACUAAGAUUAACAAAACCUUUGGCUAAACUGACCAAGGAAAAGGUGACUCAAAUUACUGAGAUCAGGAGUUAAAGAGGAGACAUUACCACUAACCUUACAGAAACAGAAAGUUUAUAAGGGAACACUAUGAACAAUUGUAUUCUAAAAUUACAUAACCUAGAUAAAUGGACAGAUUCCUAGGAACUCACAAACCUGACUCAGGAAGACACUGAAAAUCUAAAUAGAACUAUAGCAAAGAGGUAAAGUUACUAAUAAAACUCCCAGUGAAGAAGAGCCCAGGACCAAAUGGCUUCAUUGUUAAAUUCUACCAAACAUAUAAAGAUGAACACCAGUCCUCAAGUUCUUUCCAAAAAAGUAGGGAACAGUUUCUAACUCAUUUUAUGAGGCCAGUAUCAUUGUCAUACCAAAGCCAGACAUGACUACAGACCAGUGUCCUUCAUGAAUAUAGAUGCAAAAAUCCUCAACAAUAUACUAGGAAUCCAAAUUCAGUCACAAAUAAAAUAUGAUUGUACACCAUGACCAACACCAUGGAAUUUCAUCUCAGGAAAGCAAGGUUGGUUCAACAUGAAAAUCAAAUAUAAUACACCAUAUUAAUAGCAUGAAGAGGAAAAAAACAUGGUUUAUCUCAAUAGAAACACAAAAGUCACUUGACAAAAUUCAACACCCUUUCAUGACAUAAACACUCAAACUCAGAGUAGAAGCAAAAUUUCUCAUCCUGGUAAAGGGCAUUCGAAAAGCACACAACAUUGUACUUAAUGGUGAAAGAACGGAAAGCUUUCCCUCUAAGAUCAGGAUGUCCAACAUUGUACUGGAGGUUCUAGCUAAGGCAAUUAAGCAAGAAAAAGAAACAGAGGGCCUCCAUGUUGGAAAGAAAGACGUAAAACUGUCUCUAUGUGGAGAUAACGUGAUCUUAUAUAUAGAAAACCUCUAUAAAGAACCGUCAAACCCCCCCAAACUAUUAGUACUAAUUAACGAAUUAAGCAAGGUUGCAGGAUACAAGAUCAAUACAUAAAAGUCAGUUCUGUUUCUCUACACUAGCAAUAAAAAUCAAAAUCAAGGCAAUAAUUGCAUUUACAAUAGCAUUACAGAGAAUGAAAUAUGCAGAAAUAAACUUAGCCUAAGAAGUGCAAAUUGUACACUGAAAGCUAUAAAAUGUUGCAGAAGAAAAAGGCAUCCUGUGUUCAUGGAAUCACAGAUUUAAUAUUGUUAAGAGAGCAAUACUCUGCAAAUUGAUCUGUAGGCUCAGUGCAAUCCUUAUCAAAAUUGCAACUUCACUUUGCAGAAAUGAAGACUGAUCCUAAAAUUCAUUUGAAAAUUCAAAGGACGCAGAAUAGACAACAGAAUCUUUGAAACGAAGAACAAGGUUGAAGGACUCACAUUUUUUUAUUUCAAAUCUUGUGACAAAGAUAUAGUAAUAAUCAAGAUCGUGUACUGCCAUAAGAAUAAAUAUGUAGAUCAAUGCAAUAAAAUUCAAAUUCUAGAAAGAAACCCAUAGGUCUGUGGUGAGUUGACUUUUUUAAAAUUAAAGAUUUUAUUUUUCUAGAGCAGUUUCAACUUCACAGUAAAAUUAAGAGGAAGGUACAGAUACUUUCCUUACAUCCCCUGCUCCACAUGCAUAUCUUCUAUUGUUAACAUUCCCCACCAGAGUGGUGCAUUUGUUACAACGGAUGAAACUACAUUGACAUGUCAUAAUUGCCCAAAGUCCAUAGUUUACAUUACAGUUCACUUUUGGUGCUGUACAUUCUCUGGGUUUGGACAGGUCAAUUGAUUUUUGACAAAGGUGCCAAGACCAUUCAAUGGGGAAAGAAUAGUCUUGAACAAAUGGUGCUGAGACAGUUGAGUGUCCACCUGAAAAGAAUGAAGUUAAACCCUUCAAAUCAUAUGCAAAAAUUAAUUUAAAAUGGAGCAAAGACAAAUAUGAGCUAAAACUAUAAAAUCCUUAGAAACAGAUGUACAUUUUCUUGACCAUAGAUUAGGCAGUGGUUUCUUAGGUAUGACAUCAAAAGUACAAGCAUCCAAAGAAAAAAAUAUAUGGAAACUUCCAUCAAAAUUAAAAACUUUUAUGCAUCAAAGGACUCUAUCAAGAAAGUGAAAAGGCAACCCACUGAAUGGGAGAAAAUAUUUGCAGAUCAUAAUCUGAUAAUAUAAUGAUAUAAUGAUAAUAGAUAUAUGUAUCUAAAAUAUAAAAGGAACUCUUACAACUUAACAGUAAAGAGACAACCCAAUUUAACAGUGGGCAAAGGAUUUGAAUAGACAGUUUUGUAAAAAUGACACACAAAUGACCAAUAAGCACACGAAAAGAUGUUAAACAUCAUUAGCCAUUAGGGAAAUGCAAAUCAGAAUCACGAAGUACCACUCUACACCCACUAUAUAUAUAAA